AUGGAUGAUACUUAUGAUACUAUCGUACUUGGAACUGGAUUAAAAGAAUGUAUUCUUUCAGGACUUCUUUCAGUUGAUGGAAAAAAAGUAUUCCAUCUUGAUAAGAACGAUUAUUAUGGAGGUGCUUCAGCUUCGUUAAACCUUAAACAAUUAUUUGAUACAUUUGCUAAUGGAAAAGCUGCUCCUGAGUCUCUUGGUAGACCAAGAGAUUAUAACGUUGAUAUUAUUCCAAAAUUCAUUAUGAGUUCAGGAGAAAUGGUUAAUCUUCUUCUUCAUUGUAAUGUUCAUAAUUAUUUACAAUUCAGAGCUAUUCAUGGUUCAUAUGUCUUUACUAAGGGAAAGGUUUAUAAAAUUCCAGCCACAGUUGCAGAAACUGUUUCUACUCCAUUAUUAGGAUUCUUUGAAAAGAAUAGAUUUAAGAACUUCUUAACUUAUCUUCAAAACUAUGAUGAAAACAAACCAGAAACACAUAAAGGAAGAAACCUUAAAAGUAUGACUAUGGCACAGUUAUUUAAAGAUUUCAGUCUUGAUGAUGCUACAAUUGAAUUUGUUGGACAUACAAUUGCUCUUUAUAGAGAAGAUAGUUAUCUUACAAGACCAGCUAUUGAAACAGUUAAGAAGAUAGUAUUAUACUUUGAAUCACUUUCAAGAUUCCAAAAAUCACCAUACAUUUAUCCAGAAUAUGGACUUGGUGAACUUCCUCAAGCAUUUGCACGUAUGUCUGCUCUUUAUGGAGGAACUUAUAUGUUAAGAGCUAAGAUUCAAGAAAUUGUUUUUGAAAAUGGAAGAGUUGCAGGAGUUAAAUUUGAAAGUGGAGAAGUUGCUAAAUGUUCUAAUAUCAUUGCAGAUCCAUCUUACUUCCCAGAUAAAGUUAAGAAAGUUGGACAAGUUAUUCGUGCUAUUUGUAUUUUAAAUCAUCCAGUUGCUAACACAGACAAUGCUGAAUCAUGUCAAAUUAUAAUGCCACAAAAACAAGUUGGAAGAAAAUCAGAUAUUUAUAUUUCAGUAUUAUCAGGUAAUAACCAAGUUUGUCCAAAAGGAAAGUAUAUUGCUAUUGUUGGUACAACAGUUGAAACUAGUAAUCCAGAAAAAGAAGUUGAAGUAGGAUUAAAAUUAUUACAACCUAUUGAACAACAAUUUAUUUCUAUCACGGAUUCAUUUGAACCAAUUAAUGAUCCAAAACAAGAUGGAGUUUAUAUUACUAAAUCAUAUGAUGCUACAUCUCAUUUUGAAACUACAGUCGAAGAUUGUCUUGAGAUGUAUACCACAAUCACAGGAAAGAAACUUGAAAUGAAAGGUCCAAAUGAAACAGCACAAUAA